AUGCAGACCUUCGCCAUCGUCGCUCUCCUGGCCGCGGCCUCCAACGUGGCCUUCGCCUCACCUGUCAGCGACUCGCUCUUCGAGCGUGAUAACGUGCCCAGCGUUGGAUUUGGGCAGCAGCUGCAGACAUCGAGUGAGGCGAACUACUGGGUCAUCUGGGAGCACGGCAAGUCGGCGUGCCCGGCCACUCGGACUCUGAGCCAGUUGACCGACAGCCCUUGCGACAUUGCCUUCUCGCUCCCCAGCCGCUCCGACAAAGUUAAGCUUUGCGAAUGCAACGGUAACAACGAGCCGCAGUCACUUUGCACCGAAAAGGGCGACGUGAUCCGCGGCUGCAGUCAGAAGAACUACAAGAUUACUUGCCACGGCGACACCCACGACAUCGUACAACACGGACACUGCGACAGCUAA